UUUCUUAACAGUCUGGUCUCGUUUCACAAGCUCUGAGUAGACACAACACACUCGGGAAGAUGAAACACUUUGUAAUCUGGUUGGCACUGUUGUGGUCAAUGCCCUUGCUAUCUGCUGGCAUCCCAUUAUCACGAGAAAUACGGAUUGUGCUGCUGGGUAAAACUGGAGCUGGAAAGAGUUCAACAGGAAACACCAUCUUGGGGAGACCUGCUUUCAAUAAAAGUUCAGGUUUUCAGUCUGUUACUUCAACUUCUCAUAAGGAGAGUGGAGAGGUCAAUGGGAGACGGGUCACAGUGGUGGACACCCCAGGACUAUUUGAUACAAGAAUGACUGGUGCUAAUUUGAAAAUCGAGAUAGAGAAAUGUGUCAAUAUGUCUCUUCCUGGCCCCCAUGUCUUCCUGCUGGUGAUCAGAAUGGAUGUAAGAUUCACAGAGGAGGAGAGGAACACCGUGAAGUGGAUCCAGGAGAACUUUAGUGAGAGAGCUGCAAAUUAUACCAUGGUGCUGUUCACUCAUAUUGAACAGCUGGAUCAGUCAGUGGAACAUACAAUAGAUCAAGAUCAGGAUAUUAAGGAGAUCAUCAACACAUGUGGGGGUGGAUAUCAUGCUCUACAUAAAAUCAAGAAUCAGACUUCGGUUAAAGAGCUCUGGGAUAAGAUAUACAAAAUGAUGGAGAAAAAUAACGGUGAAUAUUACACAAACGAGAUGUAUCAGGAGGCUCAGGCAAGGAUGAGAGAAGAGGAGGAGAGAAAGCGAGAGGAAGAGAAGAAGAAAAAGGAGGAUGAGGAAAGGAGGAUUAGAGAGGAUGAAAGACAGAUAAUUAAGAAAAAGGAAGAGGAAGUGAAGUUAAAGAAAAAUGUGGGUAAAAUUGCUGGAGCAAUUAUUGGGGUAGCCAUGAGUCUAAUUGGAGGUCCUGUUACUCCGUUAGCUGUUGGAGCUAUAUUAGGAGGAACAGCAGGACAUUUUUUGGCUGAAGACCUGUUUGACUGGGCAAGUACUUUGGAGAUUCAGUCAGUCACUGUUGAUCUGUCGAAGAGAAUCUGUUUCAACAGAAAGUUCAAUGAAACUAGUCUCAUUUCAGAAGUUCUGCACAGACUUGAGAAGAUGAAACACUUCAUGUUUUUGACUUUGUUGUGGACAAUACCUUUGUUAUCCAGAGGCACUGCAUCAGGUGACGAGCAAUUGAGGAUUGUGCUGCUGGGUAGGAGUGGAGCUGGAAAGAGUGCAACAGGAAACACCAUCCUGGGAAGAGAGGCCUUCAGGGAAGAUUCAUCUUUCAACUCUGUCACCUCAGUUUCUUCUCAGGAGAGUGGAGAGGUGCAGAGGAGACAGAUAACUAUAGUUGACACUCCAGGACUGUUUGAUACAGAGAAGACAACAGAUGAGCUAAAAAGAGAGAUAGAGAAGUGUGUCAACCUGUCUAUUCCUGGACCUCAUGUCUUUCUUCUGGUGAUCCGAUUGGGAGUGAGAUUCACAGAGGAGGAGAUAAACACAGUGAAGUGGAUCCAGGAGAACUUUGGUGAGAGAGCGGCAACGUUCACUAUGGUGCUGUUCACUCAUGUUGAUCAGUUGAGGGGUAAAUCACUGAAGAGUACACUAAAUAAAAACCUUCAGACUCUUAUAGACAGCUGUGGAGGUAGAUAUCAUGCCUUUAAUAAUGAAGAGAAGGAUGACAAGACUCAGGUAAUAGAGCUACUGGAGAAGAUUGACUCCUUGGUGAAGAAGAAUGGGGGAGAGUACUACACAAACAAGUUGUAUCAGGAUGCUCAGGAGAGGAUCAGAGAAGAGGAGGAGAGGAGGAGAAAGGAGGAGCAAAGGGAAAGAGAGGAGGAAGAGAUGAAGAUCAGAGAAGGUGUAAGACAGACAAUGAUGCUGGAAGAGGAACUGGAGGAUAUAUGUGUAUGUUCUGUAGUAUUUCUGGGGACACACGUUGGUGGGCCAACAAGUCCAGUUAGAGAAAUAAUAAGGGUGGUUGCAGGAUACAAAAUGGCAAGAAUACCGUGCAGCUAUUGGUUAAGAAUUGCCACCUAUUUUGUUGCAGAAAUAAGGAUUGUGCUGCUGGGUAAAACUGGAGCUGGGAAGAGUGCAACCGCAAACACCAUCCUGGGGAAAGAAGAUGCCUUCAAAGAAUAAUUAUCUUUUGAUUCUGUCACAUUAGUUUCCCAAAAGGAGAGUGUAGAGGUGCAUAGGAGACAGAUCACAGUGGUUGACACCCCAGGACUGUUUGAUACAAGUAAGACUGCAGCUGAGCUAAAAAGCAUGAUAGAGAAGUGUGUUGAGAUGUCUGUUCCUGGGCCCCACGUGUUCCUGCUGGUGAUCAGAUUAGGGGUGAGAUUCACAGAGGAGGAGAGAAACGCAGUGAAGUGGAUCCAGGACAACUUUGGUGAAAAAGCGGCACAGUUCACCAUGGUGCUGUUCACUCACGCUGAUAAACUGAAGGGGGAAUCAGUGGAGAGCACCUUCAAUAAAGAGAUUCGUAACCUGACAGACAGCUGUGGGGGUGGAUAUCAUGCCUUUGAUAACUCGGAGAAGGUUGACCAGACUCAGGUGAUAGAGCUGCUGAAGAAGAUGGAGGCCAUGGCAGAGAAGAAUAAAGGAGUACAGAAUGGGGGAGAAUACUACACAAACCAGAUGUACCAGGAGGUUCAGAGAAAGAUGAGAGAAGAGGAGGAGAGGAAGAGACUGGAGGAGGAGAGACAAAGACAGGAGCGUGCGGAACAGAUCAGAGAAGAUGAAAGAAUGAAAACGGGGGAGGAAGAUGAAAAGAAAAAGCAGGAAUCACGCCGUAAGAUAUGUAAAUUUAUUGGAGCAGGUAUUGGGGCAGUCGCAGGAGCAGGUAUUGGGGCAGUCGCAGGUUUAUUUCAUUCAAUUUGGGGUGCACCUGUGACAGGAGCAGCAGUAGCAUACUUUGCAGAGGAAAAUGCAGAAACACUUUGCUCUUGGGCAGCAUAGGAGUGACCAGUGGAAAUCCAGACAGAGCUUUAUGGUCAAUAACUCAUCAUAAUGUGAUGCAAUUAACACUUCCAUGCAUUAAUUAUUACAAAAUAGAUUUUUAUGAGGACUAUUAUUCGGUAUUUGGUAUGUAUUAUAUAAUACAUUAUAUAAUGUAUGACAGAAUGAAAAGGAUGAACAAAAUUAAACAAGAAGCAGACAAGCUAAAGCAGGGAUUCCGCAAAGUAUGUUCAGGUAUUGGAGGAAUGCUGGGGGCAGGCUUGGGUUUUGCUCAUUCUCUUUUUCUUAGAGGAACAAUUGGAGGAGCAACAGGAGCAUUGCUUGGAAACAAAACAGCAGAAACAUUUUGCUUCUGGGCAGCAUAGGAGUGAACAACGAAAAUCUAGACAGAGCUUUAUGCAUCAGGAACAAUAUUUCAUCUUUUUUAUAAGUUGAUAGCUCUCUCUAAGGUGUAAAUGGAUGCCAGAUAGUAGACCUAUGGCUUCUGACACACCCGUAUAGCCAUACUGAACCAGUCUCAGACCCUGUACAAGAAGAGAACCAGUAUUAAUCUUGAACUAACUUGAUGCUUCAACAGGAUGUGUCUGAAAGUUUGGUCUAGUUGAUAAAUUGCCAAUUUGGUGAAAUUUUGUCUGUUUACCAAGGGGGCUGAUAAAUUACCCAUUUAGAUUUCAUUCCAUUUUUUUCCCCCAGUGUAGACAUGUGUCUAAAAUAGGCAAAAAUCAUUUUUGAUCAAGAUUAUCCAUGUGUUCUUUUUUUUA